GUAGAAUUCGGUAUAAAUACGGAACGACACGAACCGCUUAGCAACGGCUCAUGUAAACAACAAAAAUGGCGAGCACACAGGACGAUGGAGAUAAACCAAAGAGCAAGCGCCUUUUUGUUAACCAGGUUGACCAAUUCCAGGGCAAAAAUUUAGCGAAGUAUCUGUCACGAUGCGCGGUUGGAGCAUCUCUUGAAGAGCCAGAGGAAGAAGACGAUGCCAAGUCGACUGAUAGCUUCAUCCCCCCACCUAAAGAAGGCUGCUAUGAGAUAGUUGGCACAACCAAAGAGAGGGGACAAAAUGCUGUAAAACCAGAAUGUGUUAAGGAGUUAGUUAAUUUUGAAAACAAAGACCAGCUGUAUGAGUAUCUGGUAGAGUGUGAUGUGAUUGUGUAUGACAUUACCGCUGACCCGGACCAGAUAGAUGAAGCUGUUUGGGCAGUCUCAGAGCUCCACUCUGACCUUGAUAAGAUAGAGAAGCCAAAAAUGUUUAUACUCAUCUCCUCCGUCAUGACCUGGGCCAAGAGCAAACCUCUGGAUCCUGAUGAUCCAGAGAUUCCGUUCACAGAGGAUGACUAUCGCCGCAGGAAACCACACCCCAACUUCAAGGAACACAUCAGUGCAGAAAAGACUGUCAUCAAGAUGGGGAAAACUAACAAGAAUAAGCUGGUGACCUACGUUGUGGCCUCAGGUUUGACAUAUGGAGCGGAAGAGGAAAUUUUCCACUACCUCUUCAAGUCGGCAUGGCACAAUGCACCGGAGCUGCUGUGUUUUGGUAAUGGAAGGAAUGUUGUUCCCACCAUUCACAUUAAGGACCUCGCAGGGGUCAUACAGAACAUUGCUGACAGCCGACCAAAAGUUCGCUACCUGAUUGCAAAAGAUGAUUCCAACAAUACAUUGGAGGAACUUGUUAAGGCUGUUAGUAGCAACCUUGGAACUGGGAAGGUGAAGGACAUCACUAAAGAAGAGGCCCUACUUAACAAGGAGAUUGAGCAAAGUGACUUUGACAUGUUGCUGGUGGACCUACGUAUGGACGCCGUGAACGUAAAGGAGAACAUGCGUAUCAGCUGGGUGUCAGAGGCAGGCAUGAUGGAAAAUAUUUCUGCCAUCAUCAAGGAGUACAAGGAUACACGGAACCUUCAUCCCCUGCGUGUGUGUAUCAUAGGCCCACCAGCGGUCGGAAAGACCACAACCAUCAACCAGCUGUGCGAGCACUACAAGCUGCACCACAUCAAGCUGAAGGACGUCAUUGAUGAGGCCAUGGAAAACCUGACAACGACUGCCCGUCGUGCUGACUCUGAGGACCAGGAAGAGGAUGAGGGGAAAGCCCAGGAUGCCCAGGAGCUGCUGGACACCAUCAAUGAGGGCAUGAAGGAGAACAACAACCGUGUCGAGGACCAGUAUGUCCUCCGCUUCAUGCGUGACAAGCUCUUGUCCAUGCCAUGUCAAAACCAGGGUUUUAUUCUGGAUGGCUUCCCCAAAACCAUGGAUCAGGCCAAGGAGCUCUUCCAGGCUGAGGAUGAUGACGAGCCGGAGGAAGCAGCCAAGGGAGGCAGCUUCAACAAGCUCAUUAUGCCUGAGUUUAUUGUCUCCCUUGAGGCUACAGAUGAGUUCCUCAAGAACCGAAUUAUGAACCUGCCAGAGAGCCAGGUGGUGGACACUCACAACACGGAGGAAGGACUUGUCCGUAGACUAGAGGCUUACAGGUCCAUCAACACCGAGGAUGAGACCAUCCUCAACUACUUUGAUGAGCUGGAGUUCCACCCAAUUAGAAUUGAUGUCACAAAGGACUUAUCUCCUAUGAUGAAGGUGACAGUUGGGAAGCUAAAGGCUCAUAUUGGAAAGGCCCGCAACUAUGGUCCGACUCUGGAGGAGCUUGAGCAGCAGCGUCGGGCUGCGGAGGAGGAACUCCAGCGACUUGAACAGCAGGCACGCCUGGAACGUGAGAGACAGGAGGCUGAGGAGGCUGCUGAGAGGAAGAAACGCCAGGAGGAAUGGACCCAGCAGUUGAAUGACGUGAAACGUGAAGAGUAUGAGAAGUUGGAGGCAGAGUCCAUCCCGCUGAGGAACUAUCUGAUGAAACAUGUGAUGCCCACACUCACACAGGGGCUCAUCCAGUGCUGCAAGGUCCGACCUGAUGACGCCAUUGAUUACCUGGCAGAGUACCUGUUCCAGCAGAACCCGCAGGUCGACUGAUAAUUAUUGAUAAUGAAUAUUACAUGGACUUAACAUUUAUAUUCUCUCAUCCAUGGAUGUGUUACUGUGAUAAAGCUGUUUUUUGUGAAUGAUUAAUUUCAGUAUUUAUGUCUAAAUAUCUAUGUAUCUAAUGCAUUUCAGUAGAACAUGUGAGAAUGCCUUUUUGUUUAUUUAAUGUGUAAUAAAAUUUGUUAUAAGGAAA